UUCCGUCUCGAGUGGUCACUGUUUUUCUGAUCUUGAUCAAAUGAACCUGACUAUAUAUAUGCUCUGUAUCUAAUGAUAUAGUGCAUAUUUUGCUAUGUGGGUAGUGAACAGGUGACCGCAUCUGUUAACAAUACCGUCUAUCCUUCUUGAGGGAGAGAGCCAGGAAAGGACCAUAAUCCAGUCAAGCGGCCAUGGGUCAGUGAGGGGCACCUAAACCUUCACAGUGAAAGCGGAUAACUUUGUUGCCUCGCAUAUAACCUUCCAGGUCGAUCAAUAUUCUUCUCACUAGAAAAACUCGAAGCUGAAUUAGUUCCUGCAGCUUUCGAUUAGGUUGUAGUGUCAUAAUCAUGUUAUCAAUCAGAGCGACGAAGUCACCUUCUUGCUACAUAAAAUUCAAGCUUGUCCAAUGAUGACAGAACACCUAUAAUAAGCUGAUUCUGUGCGAUGAAGAUGCGGUGCCCAAUGCACGCGUGGAACAAGCACCGGCUGUCAUGUUAUGGGGAGAUAAAGCAUCGUUCUAUGCUUGCGGAUUUGUAAGUCUGCAGGACACUCUUGCCAACAUGCAAGGUCGGCACUACUUCAGCCAAUGCUACAUCGAGAGUGCCGUGGAUUUCAUCUGGGGCUAUUGCCAAUCGAUAUAUGAGGGUUGUGCUAUAAACUCCAAAGACGCUAUUGUUGGGGGAAACCCAGGUUACAUUACCGCCCAUGGCCGUCUGAGCCCCAACGAUAGCAGGGGCUUCGUCUUUGAACAAUGCACAGUAAAUGGAGAUGACACCACGUUUCUCGGGAGGGCAUACCGCGCAUACUCGAGAGUAGUAUUUUCCGAGAGCGAGUUGGGCGGUGAUGUUUUACCACAAGGCUGGGAUGCCUGGCGUGGCGAGGGCCAUGAGCACGUCUAUUUUAAAAAGCAGAAACUCGAAGCUCUAAAUUUUCUUUUUUUGUCAUUGAAGUUAGACACUAUUAAAUUUUCAUUGGGCUUAUACGGACCUGGACCCAUUUCCACUUAAAAGCUCGAGCUAAUAAGUGGUGGUACCCAAGCCAUAU